GUUCGGCGUUCGCGGACGGAUAAGGAGGAAAAGACCGUUGGAGAAGGGAGCUGCUCGGAUACACUCUGCCUCUGUGAACCUGUAACGGAGAAACACUGCACCGCCUCAACAUGCUCAUAAAGGAAUAUCGAGUGAUUCUUCCCAUCUCUGUGGAUGAGUAUCAGGUGGGUCAGCUGUACUCUGUGGCAGAGGCCAGUAAGAAUGAGACGGGUGGAGGAGAAGGAGUGGAGGUGCUAAAGAACGAGCCCUAUGAGAAAGAGGGAGAGAAAGGACAGUACACACACAAAAUUUACCAUUUGCACAGUAAAGUGCCGACAUACAUCAGAAUUUUGGCUCCGUCUUCUGCUCUCAGUAUUCACGAGAAAGCCUGGAACGCAUACCCGUACUGUUGCACAGUUCUCACUAAUGAGUUUAUGAAAGACAACUUCAUGAUCAAGAUCGAGACGUGGCACAAACCUGACAUGGGACAACUUGAAAAUGUUCAUCGUUUGGAUGCAGAGACUUGGAAGAAGGUGGAGGUCGUCUAUAUUGAUAUUGCAGACAGGAGCCAAGUGGACCACAAGGACUUUAAGGAGGACGAGGAUCCAUCUAAAUAUAAGUCAGUGAAGACAGGCCGAGGCCCUCUACGACCAGACUGGAAGAAGGAGCUCCCUAACACCUCCUGGCCUCACAUGUGUGCCUACAAACUGGUCACUGUCAAGUUCAAGUGGUUCGGGCUUCAGAAUAAAGUGGAGAGUUUCAUUCAGAAGCAAGAGAAGCGUUUGUUCACUAACUUCCACCGUCAGCUCUUCUGUUGGAUGGACAAGUGGAUCGAGUUGAGCAUGGACGACAUUCGCCGUAAGGAGGACCAGACACGUGAGGAGCUGGAGGAGAUGAGAGUUAAGGAUCCAGUGAAGGGAAUGACGGCGGCAGAGGACUGAGGCUGAGUCACGCUGUGAAUGCUGCUGCUGCUGCUGCUGCUGCUGCUGCUGCUGCUGCUGCUGCUGCUGCUCAUCAGACCAGAAUACCCAGACACCAGCGGAUUCACAUCCUCCUCCUGCUCCACCUGACCGGCCGGUCCAAACUCUACAAUCUGGUUUUUCCGGGAGCUGAUCUCCAUCCCACUGUCCUCCCAUCUGCCUUCAUUUGUUUGUUUGUUUCCUUCAUUUUACUGUAAUAACUGAGGCCUCAGUAGCAACACUUUAGAUCUGUCAGUCAGUCAGUCUCCUCUCUGUCUGUCUGCCUGUCUGCCUGUCUGCCGGUCUGUCUCUCUCUCCCUCUCAGUCUUUAAAGUGUUCUAAACCACAGAGAAUAUUGUCAUUUAUUCUCUCUGCAUUUUAGGAUUGAUUGAUUCAUUAAGAUUUAUUAAGAUAUUCCAGUGUGUGUAUAUACAGAAUAAUUGUAUUUAAAUAUAUAUAUAAACAGGGUUUUUAAAGAUGUCUUUUAGUUUUGUGUGUAGAUGUUUAUUCUUCCAGCUCAUUCUGCACCUGCUCAGUGUUUCUUUCUUCAUCAUCAUCAUCAUCAUCAUCAUCACUGCUGCCUCCUCCUCUUCUCCGUUUGUUGAAGUUGGUGUUUCCUUUUUUUUUUGUUGCUCAAAUGAAUUAGCAAAUGUACAAACUUGCAGUUAUGUGGUCACACUGGUGGUAAAUCUGCUCAACGACCACCUUUUUAUUUUAUGUUGAUCUGCUACUUGUGUGCUCGUGUGUGUGCGUGCGCGUGGUUUUUAAAGUUUCCAGCUCGAUGUUUUCAUUUCUCCUUCAUCCGUUCAUGUCUCGCUCGUCAGUAUCAUCAGCCUUUUAAAAACCUGACUGCUUCAGAGUGCAGGAAGUGAAGAUAAUCUUAUAAAUUCUAAAAGUAUAAAGCAAUGUUCACACGUACACACGGAAGGAAUGAGUGAAAUGUAAAGUAGACGAUUAGAACGCAGUGUUUUCCAUGUCGUCUCUGUUUCCCUGUCAUUCCUCCAGUGGAUAAACGGUAUUAUCCAGUGAUAGCAAUAACUACCAUGACACAAGUAAUAUAAAUAUAUGUAUUUUACAGUCUGUUCCCAUCACUGCUGGAGUUUGUGAUAGUUUGGAGUUUUGGGUAAAUGCAUGAAUCUACAUGAGUCUACAUGAGUCUACAUGAGUCUACAUGAGUUUAGUGUGCAGUGGUUUUUACAGUCGUGCUGGGUUAGCAGAGGAGGGCGUGGCCUCCUUCACUCUCCCUCACUUCUAUUUUUCAUUUUCAUAUUUCACAGUGUGGAAACUUUAAAGAGCACGCAACACACACACAUGUAGAAAUGCAGACGUUGAACUUCAAUCACAUGUCUUUGAGUGGAUUUCACACGUUCACCAUUUAACUGAAUAAAGUAGGUUUGUCCUUUUAUUGAGUUUAACUAAAGCAAGCAAAGACAAAGCACAGCAGCCAGUUUAUUCAUUCAAAUUUAAAAUGUCCUUUUUAAAAAACCUCUGGGAAUUAUUCCUCAUUGUUUCAUCUUUCUGUGAUGUCACACGUGUGAUGUCAUCAUUCCUAUCCUCAGAGGAAACGUCUGUUGCCUCCUCUUUAAAGAAGCGGCUCCACACGUCUGUGUCUGCGUCCAUCAAACAUCUGAGUCACGGAGCUCUGUGGAUGUUCUGACUUUGUAAAUAAAUCAGUGUAGAUGAACACAUAAAUAAAUCUAUAUAAAUAAAUCUAUAUAUAUAUAUGUAUGUAUUGACCAGACUGUCCUGCCAAACCUGACCAAACCCUCUGGUUCCAUCCUGAAACACACACACACACACAGUGAGGACGUGUAGAAGUUGUAGUUGUAGUCGCUGAUGACCGCGUCGUGUCAGCUGUAGACAUAAUAAAUGUAUUCUUACAGAAAGUUUUAGUGUAAAAGUGGUGAGAAAGGAGCUGAGUGAGGAAAAACAAAACAAUUCUUCCUCGCGUCUCAUGGACAGGACAGUGUAUAGAUAUCUAUUUUUGUUCUGAAUGUUGUUCCUUUGUUGUCUUUGAACUCUCACUGGAAAUGAAACUUCGUGUAAACCACAACAGAUAAAAGGCAGCUUGGGUCAGUUCACUGAUCCACAGAAUCAACUUCAGAGGCAGGAGAAUUCUUUAAAGAGCCUGGUGACACGUUCCAAACCAGAGAUCAUCUGUUAUUUUAUGAUCCGAGUGUAAAACCAAACGAUUCCCAAACUGUUUUUAAACUUAAAUCUCUCUCUGUGUCUGUUUCUCUCACUCAUGUUUAAUUGUCUCCUGUUUUUCUUAAAUUGUGAAUUUCUGUGUCUUUUUGCCAUCUUCCAAUAAAUCUAUUGUACAUUGGAGAAAUAAGAAGUGAAUAAAAAGAAGCAGAGCAACUGUA